AUGGGGAAGGAUGUACAGAGAGAGAUCCUAGAGCUUGAGCGUGAGCUCUUGACCUGGAGAGCCAAGAAUGAAGUGCUGCUCGCCCACACCUCCGCUCUCGCUCAAAUCAGAAAUCCCACGGCUGAUCCGCCAGCUAGUGCCCAGCAGACGACCAGCUGGACUAUCCCCGACGAUAUCAGCUCGGACCUCAAGAAGCUCUUUCAGACCCCUCGAGGCUCAAAGGAAUACAAAACGAUUCUCAACAACCUCCGCAUGGCUCUCGGCGUCGACGCGUCAGCCCUCAUGCCGUACGCAGGCCCUGACAAGCUCUCGUACGACGACUACGAGGUCAGAGUCGCAAGAGAGUGGGAGCUCGAGCGCAAGGCCAGCAGCCUCGGCGACCUCAACAUUCUCCGAGUCAUGGCGGAGUGCAUCCCCGGCGGGAGCGCGGCGAGUCCUCUUGCGGGGCUACAGGGGAUGACGGAGAGCGCUCUAUCGGCUCUAUGGCAGACGGCGAUAGGGAGGAGGCUCGAGGAGGCGCUGAGGAGGCCGGCGGAGGCAGGAGGGCGGGCGGGAGGAGACGGUGCGACGUCGCACAACAGCAAGUUUGCGGAGACGGAGCUGAUGAAGGCGAUAGAGGAGGAGCACUGCAAGGGCAAGGACGCGGAGGAAGCGUUCACAACGAGCAACUACAACAUCACGACGACAGCCAAGGAGGAGUGGCUCAACGUGACAGACCCGGAGAGGAGGCGGAGGCUGUCGGACGGGACGCGGGUGAUCCGAGGGAUGGAGGAGCUGAAGGCGCUGGACACGGCGAUCAAGGCGGGGCUACAGGAGGCAGAGCUGAUCGCGCUGCAGCUCUACACAGG